AUGGAUGUCAAGGCAGGCCUAGUAAAAAGAUCUAGAGGUGACCCAUGGCAUCUGAAUCAGACAUCAGGUAAGGUAAUUGGUAUUACUGUUAUGAUUUACGUUUGUGGUGAAAAAAUUCAGGAAAAAAAAUAUUCAUUCCACUACUACAACGUUCGUCCGUGUUGUUUUGCUCUUUCACGCACUCCUUAUGCGAUCGAUAAGAUGCUGAGAUGAGGUCAUGCGAAUAUUUCGUAAACUUAAAGUUAAAACAUUAGGAAAUAUAUACAUAUAUGUAUACAUAUGUUGUGAUAGGGGUAAAAAACAGAGACUAUACUUUCAUCCCUACAAGCCUGUUUCGUGAUUGCUCACUCAUCAGGGGAUUUUAUUGUUAAGAAUAUUUGUACCAUCGUUACAAAAUUUCUUGGCUUGUAAGUGACAUCAGUGUACUUUAAAUCUCUCUCAUGAUCAGGGAUUCGUCAAGGAAGUGAACAAUUGUAAGAAAACCAACCUUUCCAGGGUAACUUAAAAUACGAGAGAGGCCACGUCGUUCCUGUUAAUAUCUUAAGUUACAGCGAUGAAAGUGUUUAUGCCACUUUCACCUACACCAACCGCGUACCGCAAAAUGGAAAUUUCAACAAAAGUCAGUGGAAAAUGCACGAAGGGAAAAUAGUAAAAUAUGCCCAGGAUUGUUGUGCUUCAAACAUAGGAACUCUUUACCUGAUCACUGGUACAUCACAGGUUAAAUUUGAAGAGAUACUUAAUCUUCAAGGCCAAAUAACCGGGGUGGAUAAGUCGGUGAAACCAAUGGAGUGGUUCCAUGACAACGUAAAUAUAUACCCCGCACUCGGACCAAAGAUCGCAAUUCCAAACUCAAUGUGGACAGUGGGCUGUUGUUGGAAGGAUAAUUAUGGAGUCGUGGGAGCGUUUGGUGUGAUGGGUGAUAAUUCUUUAAACCCAUCUAUGAAUGAGUUUAUGAUGUCCACACAAACCGUCGGAUACGUUGAAAAGGUUCUUCGCUUAGAGCAUCCAAACCUUAAGUUGGAAUUGUUUCCGGGGGUGAAGGGCAAGAAUUGCUAUAAGCAAGGGAAAAACGUUCCGUUGGCAAACUUAUGA